AUGACAUCGCGUGUAUCGGCGAGGCGUAUCACGAAUUACAAUUGCGAGUUACGACAUUUAGAAAGUCGAGCCACGGUCAACGGACCCGCCAGUGAAAGUCUUGUGUUAUGCGUUUCGCAACCGAGAUGCUCGAAUACGAGUUCCCGAGAUGAAAGUGAUAGCUGUCUAUUUGGAAACGAGUGUACGGGGGCGGAUACUGGCGUCGGUUUGAAACGCGCGCGCGAUGCGAGGCGCGGAGAACGACUGCGGCGUCCGAGCUGCACCGAAAUAACUGCUAGAUGCAGCCCGGCCGCUCGAUGCACCCCCUCCCCCCUCCAGGUCAGGGCUGCAGGUCGUCAUGGUAAUAUGGAGAGCUCUAUCGGAGCCUUUAUCGAUCCAGCUGUUGCUACAUGGUUCCCGACGUCCUUGAACUUUUGCCUUUUAGCUCCGCGGACGAGAAUAUUCUAG